CUUCAGCUGACGGUAAAAUGGCGAGCACCUACAGCAGCUUCAGUCUACACACCACGCCUGAGAAGUUUUACAUCGAAGCGUGCGACGAUGGAGCUAACGAGGUCCUCGUCAUCGACCGGGUGUCCACAGAGAUGACCCUCAAAGGGGUGAAGGACGUCCCUCCCUCGGCUGUGACGCGGCCCAUCUGUGGCAUCAUGGGAACCAUCCGGCUGGUGGCAGGCAUGUACCUCGUCGUCAUCACCAAGAAGAGGAAGGUGGGGGACCUGCUGGGACACGCCGUGUGGAAGGCCGUCGAGUUCGACGUGAUUUGUUAUAAGAAGACGGUGCUGCACCUCACCGACGCUCAGAUGCAGGACAACAAGGCCUUCCUGGCCAUGAUCAACAACGUCCUGAACACGGACGGAUAUUAUUUCGCCCCCGACUACGACCUGACCCACAGCCUGCAGCGCCUGGCCAACACCAGCCCCGAGUUUCAGGAGAUGAGUCUGCUGGAGAGGGCAGAUCAGAGGUUCGUCUGGAACGGCUUCCUGCUGAGGGACUUCAGCGCCCAGCCUGAGCUGCACAGAUUUGCCUGUCCUGUGAUCCACGGCUUCAUCGUCAUGAAGUCCUGCUGCAUCAAUGGCAAGGUCUUCGAGUGGAACCUCAUCUCCAGGAGGAGCUGCUUCCGUGCUGGGGUUCGCUACUACGUCAGAGGAAUCGACGUGGAGGGUCACGCCGCAAACUUUGUAGAAACGGAGCAGAUCAUACAGUACAACGGAGCCAAGGCUUCAUUCAUACAGACACGCGGCUCCAUUCCUUUCUUCUGGUCUCAGCGUCCGAACCUCAGAUACAAACCCAAACCACAGAUCAGCAAGAGCGGCAAUCACCUGGACGGCUUCCAGAGACACUUUGACUCGCAGAUUAUAACCUACGGCAAACAAGUCAUAUUAAACCUGAUUAAUCAGAAAGGAUCUGAGAAACCUCUCGAGCUGGCCUUGGCCAAGAUGGUGGAGAACCUGGGCAAUGGCAUGAUCAGGUACGUGGCCUUCGACUUCCAUAAGGAGUGCAGCAGGAUGAGGUGGCACCGGCUGCAGAUCCUCGUGGACAUGGUGGCCGAUCUACAGAAUGAGUUUGGGUUCUUCCUGGUGGACGCGGACGGGACGGUCCAGCUGCAGCAGGAGGGGACGUUCCGCAGUAACUGUAUGGACUGUCUGGAUCGGACCAACGUGGUUCAGAGUCUGUUGGCCCGGCGGUCGCUGCAGUCUCAGCUGCAGAGAAUGGGCGUCCUGCACGCCGGCCAGAGAAUCGACGAUCAGGUCGAGUUCGAGAAGAUCUACAAGAACGCGUGGGCGGACAACGCUAAUGCCUGUGCUAAGCAGUACGCCGGUACAGGAGCACUAAAAACGGACUUCACAAGGACAGGGAAGAGGACGCAGUGGGGGCUGGUGAUGGACGGCUGGAACUCAAUGAUCAGAUACUAUAAGAACAAUUUCUCCGAUGGAUUCAGACAGGACUCGAUUGAUCUGUUUUUAGGGAACUAUGCUGUCGAUGAAGCAGACAUGAGCACCGCCCUUCAUGAACCCAAAGACUGGAAGUUCCUCACAUUGCCGAUCAUCAUGGUCGUGGCUUUCUCCAUGUGCAUCAUCUGCCUCCUCAUGGCUGGUGAGACGUGGACCGAGAUGCUGGCGUACGUGCUGUUCUGGGGGACGGCGAGCGUGGUCACGGCCGGCGUGAUCCUCUUCAACGGGCGCGACUUCGUAGACGCCCCCAAGCUGGUGCAGAAGGAGAAGAUGGACUGAGUGUGCGUGUGUGGGAAGCGGCUCGGCCCCGCCGACUCUUCGUCCUCGUCCUCGGAGCUUUCUCCCUCUCGUCUGCGUCACGGCUGGAGUCUGUACUGAUCGUCCUCAUCGCCAUUCACAGGGACGAAGAUCGAGGGAGAUGGAGGAGGAGGAAGAGGAACAGGAUGGGCCAGACGGGGCCACACGGGUGUGUGUCGGGAAAUGAGCGUGACGUACACACGCGGGACUCGAAGCGGCGCACACCCGCUGCUCUCCACACGCAAGCUCUGACUGGACAGGACCGGACUUUGGUCUUUCAUUUCAUCUGCUACGAUGUGGCUGGAUUCAUUUUUAGCCCAAAAUUCGGCAGUAUAGUGAUUUCUAAACAGCUCAGGCUGCCACAAGGGUCCUGGCCCCCUUUUUGGCAGUGAAUAAGAUGAUAAUUUCAUUUUCAGUGCAUGGUUUAUCAGUCUGAUUUCAACUGAUUGUUAAAAUUCUAAUUUUUUUUUAAGUGUCUUCAUAUGUCAUGUAAUAAUAAUAACAAUAAUAAUAUAUUUAUUUAUUUAAAGAACACUGCCGUAUUUCCCACCUCUAAUGCAAACUGUUCUUUCGGUUGCCAAAUUUAUUCCAAAUCAACAGUUUAGCCAAAAUAAAAUGUACACCGUGAUCAUCUACAGCGGGGUUUCAAACCUUUUUCAAGCGACCCACAUUUUGUCCAUGACAUGCAUCUUACUCUCUCAAUACAAGAUGUAACAUAAAGCCUCCACAAGGGGGCGUUCGGGUACACGUUUCUUUAAUUAUUAUCAUUUUUCUCUGCAACUCAUUUUUUCAGCUCGCAAUCUACAGUCUUUAAUCAGCUUGGACAUGCUGGUGUCCAUAACUGACUGACGUUUCCUGGCUUAGAUGUAAAGUUCGAAUCUCGGCACACAAACACGGUCGGCUGUGUUCGAGGGAGGGAAGGUCGGCCACUGAUCUGGAGUUUCCUAGAGUGGGUGGACCUUUGGUGCCCUCUUAUAGCUGGAUUGUUUACUGUUGCCUUGCGACUGGCAUUUCAGGCAGAAGAUGGUUGUAGUUGUGUGUAAUUUUAGUUCUUAUGUAGAUCCCCUUUAUUUAUGUGCUUUAUGUUUCGGUUAUUUUGUCCAUCACUUGUUUACAUACGGUUAAAUGCAACCGUUUGGACACGCUGGUUAAAAUGUUCUCUGUAGAGGACGUGUUGAUUAAACAAAACAUGGAAUGAUCGGUGAUGUCCAAGCCUAAUACACUAUAUGGUCAAAAGUAUUUGGACACCUGACUGUGAGCUUGUCGGACAUCUCAUUUUAAAAAUGGUAUUAAAAUAGAGUGACCUGUAUGCCGUUUAUCUAAGAAGGCUUCUCGCAAGGAAUUUGUCCCCAUUUAGUCCAAAAGAGUGUUUGUGUGGCUGGGCUCUGAUGUUGGUCAAGAAAGAAUGAGUUAAGCGCUCUGUGGAUCUUUUCUUGAGGUUUUUAUAGAGCUGGAACAGAAAAAGCCUUCUCUAAACUGUCGGUGCAAAAUUGGAAGCAUUGUUACACCUGUUAGUAAUUGUUAUGGCUGAAACGGAUGAAUUCAGUAAUUAGAAGGGGUGUCCCAAUACUUUUGUCCAUAUAGUGUAGGUUAUUUAAUGUCUAAUUUCUUACUUUUAUUGUUUUAGGCCUUGUGGUCUUUUUAAUGAAAUGUGCUGACCCAGAAGAUUAGUUUCAUAUCACAAUAAGUGCAUGAUCUCUCACCAUGGCUGCCGUUAUUCUCUCUGUACUGUGGUUAGUUAUUUGCUGUAAUCUUUAGUCGAGUUUUGUGCGGUAAACAAUUAUAUCCGAUUUCCUCACAGACAUAUAUUUUUAUACAAACAAAGUUUGAGUCUGAGCUUUGCUAUCAGCCAGCCGGGUGGCUACACAUUCAUAACUGGCUUGUCCGAGGGAGGGAGGGUUUCUAAAGGGUUUCCUCAUAACUGCUGGAAUUACGUCUUUUAUGGCGCCUCCACAGAGACGGAGGAUAAUGGGGAUAGGUGUGUGACUCUUCGUGCGCUGUACAGAUCUCCAUAUGAACCUGCUUGGUGCAGGUGAAAAGAAAUGGUCAAUACUGCACACAUGUCGGCGGGGGCUCAUGUCAGUUACGAUGCUUUUCGGUUAGGUGUGAGAGGAAAAAUACGACCAGGGAAUUGGAUAUGACUACAUUUUUUAACUGUUGCUGAACAAGAUCCUCAUGACUGGUUGACUUGCCUCAUCCCCAUACUGAACUAUUUCUAUUCCUUAAGCUCUUCCUCACCUUCACCCUCUUUCUAUGGCUCCAGUGUUACCAACUUCAGCAGAAUGAAAUACCCUAAUAUGUGUUGUCCAUUAUAAAAAAACAACAUACGUUACCGCUUAUCUGCUGCUAAUGUUUUGAGUGAUUUUAUUUUUUACAUCAUGGUUCCUGACCAUGCCAAGACACAAGAACCAUGACACCUGGAGAGGGACCAUGAUGUGCCACAUUACGUUUGAAUCCAUCCAUCUCUGUUCACGUUGGUCUUUAUUGUUUGUUUGUUUUCUUUCUGUAGUUUAUCUGUUAUACUGUGUAAAUUCCACAGGUACUUGGAUCAUCAACACUACAGAAUGUACAUAACGAUCUGCAUAACGAGGAAUGUAAAAGAGUAUCCUGGUAUUGUUUAGGAAUAAUAUUCAUGUUUCUGUUUCGUGCUUCGAUUGUAAUCUGAACAUUUUAAGUCAUCCGACUGAUUUAUGGACUCACGGAUCGAUCGAGCAGACCCAGUUAAGCUAGUUUUAAUGCCAAACCAUUUUACUUGUCUAAUAUGUAAAAUCUUUUUCAUUAAAGGUGCAGUAGAAUCUAA